CAAUAAAACGCUAGGUUUUCGUGGAAGUGAACAAGGCGACGAAUUGGGUCCAGCAGCGAGUUAUCAUCAAUAAUUCGGUGGACAACUCAGUAUCGCUCCCGAGUUAGGACCUCCGAGCAGCAACGGGAACGAAUGGCCUUCACGAACAGGGGAGUGUCGGAGCCUGACUUGUUUCUUACACUCUCUGGAUUGUUGUCUGGUAAAAACAUUCUCAGAAGGAAGAGAGAAAUAAAUGAUAGCUGUUUUCUUGGGUGAAAUGAUUAUUAAAAAGCAACUUUUCUGUAAUUGCUCUCUCUUGUUUCGUCCUUCUCUAAACCUAUUAUUGGGUCACACCAAAUGCUUGUCUUCCGCAUCGUAUCCAACCGUAGAAUCAAGUUUCAAUGAGUCUGCUAGUAGUAAUUUGUAUGGUAUAGAAACCCAAAUUAGAUCAUUAUGUGAAAAAUCCAGUCCCCAACUUGAAGAUGCUCUGUUCCUCUUUAAUCAAGCUGUUGACUUUCAUGGCCUACCUUCUGAAUCAACAUGCAAUUUUUUCUUAAAGACACUCUCAAAGUCGAAGAAGUAUAACAUGGUUAUCAUGGUCUACAAUAAGAUGAUGGGUAUCCAUGCUUUUCGCAGUUUCAUAUCAUUGAAAGUGCUGAUUGAUUUUUUUGUGCAUUCUAAUGAGCCGGAUUUUGCUGUUGGAGUGUUGGGCACUAUGGUGAAGUGUGGUUUUCAAGUUGAUACAUAUUGUAUAAAUGUUGUUUUAAAUGGAUUUUGUCGAAAUGGUGAUGCUUCAAGAGCUGUCAAGAUUUUCAAUGAAUGGUGCAGAAGGUCUGUGUUGCCUGAUGUGAUUACUUUCAACACUCUCACUAAUGGACUCUGUAAGUCACAAAAACUGGAGGAAGCGUUAAGCAUGAAGGUUGAGAUGGAUAAGGCGAAAAUAAGCCCGGACUUAUUCUUUUACACCACCCUUAUAGACGGGCUUUGUAAAAAGGGUCGAAUGGGAGAAGCAAUAGAGUUGCUGGAGGACUUGAAGCUAAAGGGUCUCAAUCCAAAUGUUGUUACUUAUAGUACACUUGUCAAUGGAUUUUGCAAAGCUGGGAAUUUCGACGAGGCAAAGAAACUUUACGACAAGAUGUUGGAAAAAGGUAUUGAACCUGACACAUUCGUUUAUUCUAGUUUGUUACAGUGUCUUUGCAAAACAAGGCGAUGGGAAGAAGCUAGCCAGUUAUUCAAUGUUAUAUCAGACCUAAGAAUAAAUCUGGAUCUGAUCAUAAUCUAUAAUGUUUUAAUUGAUGGGCUAUGUAAAGAUGGAAGGCCCAUGGAAGCAAUAGAUUUGUUGAAUGAGAUGAAACUGAAGGAGCUCAAUCCAAAUGCUGUUACUUAUGGUACACUUAUCAAUGGAUUUUGCAAAGCUGGGGAUUUCGACGAGGCAAAUAAACUUUACGACACAAUGUUGGAAAAAAGAGUUGAACCAAGCAAAUUCAUUUAUUCUAGUUUAUUACAGUGUCUUUGCAAAACGAAGCGAUGGGAAGAAGCUAGCGAGUUAUUCAAUGUUAUGUUAGACCGAGGAAUAAAGCCAGAUGUUGUAAUCUAUAGUGUUUUAAUUGACGGGCUAUGUAAAGAUGGAAGGCCCAUGGAAGCCAUGCAAUUAGUAGAGUUGAUGGCGGAGAAAGGUGAAGAGGCAGACAGGAUAACAUAUGAUUCAUUGGCUUGGGGGCUUUGCAAGAGUGGGAAGGUUGAUGAGGCGAUUAAAUUAGUAUGUUUGAUGCUGAAAGAUCAGAAACGUGCAGAGGCAGUUCAUCCAAUGCUAACAGCGUUAAUUCAUGGGCUUUGUAAAGAAGGUCGUCUACAAGAAGCAAUGGAGAUUCAUCGUGAAAUGAUAGGGAAUUUGAACAUGAGAGAAAUAGUUCCUUUUAAUUUGUUAAUACGUGCUCAUUUGAGGAAGGGGGAUGUUGGUGAAGGAAUGAGGUUGUUGAAAGGCGGGCUUGAAUUGGGAUUAGUUCUUGAUUCAUAUACGUAUUCUGCCUUGAUAAGUGGUUUCUGCAAACUGAAAAUGACGAACAUUGCGAAGGGUCUUUUGAUUCACAUGAUGGCUCGUGGAAUUGUGCUUACAACCCAUCAUUAUAACAAGUUACUGGAUAUUCUCUGCCAAGAAGGUAGUUUGGUGGAGGCAAAGUUAUUUUUCUUAGCGAUGAGCAAAACAGACAGUAAACCGGAUCUUACAUCUUUUAAUAUCAUAAUUCGUGGAACUCUAAGAGCAAAGGAUCUACAAUCGACGAAAGAAUUCUUCGAGGAAAUGCUUAAAAUGGGUGUGGAACCUGAUGUUGUGACGUUUUCAACACUUGUAAAUGGAUUGAUGAAGUUAGGACAUUGGCAGGAGGCAAAAGCCAUGUUUGAGAGGAUGGUGGCUUGUGGUUAUGGUCCUUCGGUUGUUGUAUAUGAUUGUUUGCUAAAGGGAUUUUACGCGAUGGGUGUAAAGGAAGAAAUAAUUGGUUUGCUUAGACGGAUGGCAGCUGAGGGGAUUCUUCUUAACGCGGAAAUUACUGGUACUAUUUUGAAAUGUUUGUGUCUUUUCUCUGAAGAUCAUAAUGUUCAAGAGAUCUUGCCUAGUUUUCAACAGGAAGCUUCUAAGGUUGUAUCAUCAAGUAUUUCAUGUAAUGAGCUUUUGAAACAACUCCAUUUGUCUCAUCCUCAACUUCAAAUUUAUACAUCUUGAUUAUUAUUAAUAAUAAUAAUGUUACUAGCUCAUUUGGUUAACAAAUUAA